AUGGGAGUCAAUCAGCUUGAAGGGGAAAUUCCAUUGUUCAUAACAAAUGCUUCAAAGCUUGAGAUACCGAUUCUAAAUAAUAACUUUCUCACUGGAACUGUUCCUACUAAUUUGGGAAAUCUUUGUGAGCUGCAAUCACUGUUCCUACAUACUAAUCAACUUACCAAUGAACCAAGAGAGCAUGAGUCGCGAUUCUUCAAUUCUUUGAUGGACUGUAGGACACUGCGAUAUGUAGAAAUGGAUGACAACCCAUUGAAUGGCGUUCUUCCCAAUUAUAUUGGGAAUCUUUCAUCCACUAUUGAAAACUUCUAUAUAUCAAAUGCACUCAUCAAUGGCCUCAUCCCCCCAGGUAUAGGCAACAUGAGCAGUCUAACAGAACUAAAUUUUGAAGGAAACAACUUGGCGGGAAGUAUUCCUUCUGAAAUUGGUAAGCUUAAACAACUCCAGGGACUGUUUCUAACUUACAAUAAAUUGCAGAGACAUAUUACAGAGGCGGUAUGCCAUUUAUCUAAUUUGGUUAAAUUGACUCUAGCUGGUAAUAACCUCACUGGAGAGAUCCCAGAAUGUAUAGGAAAUCUAAGCAUGCUACAACUUCUUUCUUUGUUUUCUAACAGAUUAUCUUCAGAGCAUCCCUUAAGCAUUUGGAAGAUGAGUGGUCUUCUCUAUCUAGACAUGUCACAAAAUUGUAUAGAGGGAGAAUUUCCAUCGGAUAUUGGAGAACUGAAGGCCAUUAUAAAACUAGAUUUUUCAAGUAACCACUUUUUGGGCAUGUUACCAAGCAAACUGGGGGAACUCCAGAACCUGCAGUAUCUUGACCUAUCAAACAAUUCAUUUUUUGGCCAAAUUCCAUUAUCCUUUGCCAACUUGAUAAGCUUGGAAUUCUUGCAUUUGUCUUUAAAUUCUUUGUCAGGUACUAUUCCUAAGUCAAUGGGAAGACUCUCAUACCUUAAAAGCAUUAAUGUUUCAUUUAAUGAAUUAGAAGGUGAAAUACCCAGUGGUGGUGUGUUUGUGAAUUCCACUGUGCAAUCAUUUCUUGGAAACAAAGGUCUAUGUGGAGUGCACAUAUUGGAGGUUCCUGCUUGCACUAAUCCUGGACUACAAUCAAAGUCUAAGGAGCUAGUGCGAAAGGUUGUUAUUCCAGUGGUUAUUUCAUUCUUUCUGAUAUUCUUGUUAGCUUCAAUUUGGAUAGUCAAACGGCAGAAGAAAGGAAAGUCCAAAGAUGUGGAAAAGGUACCAGAUAUCAGGACUCAUCAAUUAGUUUCUUAUCACAAGAUUCAGCGAGCAACAAAUUAUUUUGAUGAGUCAAAUUUAAUUGAUGUCGGAAGUUCUGGUUCUGUGUACAAAGGCACAUUAUCUAGUGGAAUUGUGGUAGCCAUAAAGAUUCUGGAUUUGGAAUAUGAGGAGGUAUGCAAGAGGUUCGAUGGUGAAUGUGAAGUGAUGAGAAAUGUAAGGCAUAGAAAUCUUGUGCCCGUGAUCACAACUUGUUCUAGUGACUAUAUAAGAGCCUUUGUUUUGCAAUAUAUGUCUAACGGGAGCCUUGAAAAUUGGUUGUACAGAGAAGACAGCCAAUUGAACCUUCUUCAAUGA